UUGUGUGUCAGAGGCUUCUUCAAUGUUCUCCUCCUCAGGUUGAGGGUAUUCAAGAAGCACAAACAAGAGCAAGAGCAAUGGCUUCUUUAAUGUUGCAUUGAUGAGGGGUCCAGAAGAGAAGCAUAAAUAAAGAGGAGCUAGCCAUAUAUUCUUCCCAGCAGCCAGUGUUCCUAGUAUCCAUUCUCAGCUUCCUCCUAUUUCAGCUUCCUUCUAUUCUAUUCUAUUCCCUUGGCUAGCUAGCUUUAUCAGUUUUUACAUUUCUUGAUUCUCCCUCUCCUCUCCUAUCCUCUCCUCUCCUUUCCUACCAUGGAGUCCUCUCAUAUCACUGGGGAUGAUGGCGAGGGCUGCAACAGCAGUGAGUCCGGAUGGACAAUGUACCUUGCCUCUCCCAUGCAUGGCGACGAUGAUGGUGGCGGCAAAGUGAGUGGCAGUGAAGGAAGCAAUGUUGAUGAUGGCUAUGGCUACAUCAGUGGCAGGGGAAGCCGCAAGAAGUAUGAAGACGACGGCGAUGGCGAUGACGAUGAUUCCCUCGCCUCUGAUGCUUCAACUGGUCCAGCUAAAGUGAAGGUGCCCUCCACGCCGGACGGUGAUGAGGACGGCGGCCGUCGGAAGCACCACGACGACGACGACGGCGGCGGUAAGGAGGAGGAAGAGGAAGAAGAUCAUGGCAUGCAUACCAAGUUCUUGAUAAGCUCCGGCAAGAAAGCCGGCAAGACGGAGAAAGGUGGAGAAGGGAAGUCAUCAAAGAAAGGCCACAACAAGAGAGGCAGCUCAUCAAGAACAAGAUUCUUUUGGUAAUGGCUAAAUGCAUUAGAAUCACUGUACUAGGAAUAUCUCUCUCUUCUCCCUAUCCCUCUCAUGCAGCUUUUCAGUUCUUGUUAAGAUUGAAUCCUUGCUAGGAGUAUGCAUGCAUGGAGAAAGGAAGGCUUUUUUUGGAUCCUUGUUUUUGCCUUCCAUAGAGCUCUCCCAUGGUUGACCACCCAGUAGUAGGUUAACUGUUGCUACAAUGUAAAUCUACUGUAACCUUCGGUUAUUCUUCAAUGCCCUGCCUUUAAUGUCGCU